AUGUCCACAAACGGUACAGGGAAAACAAGAGAAAUUAUUCGACGUAAAUUAGUCAUUGUUGGAGACGGGGCUUGUGGGAAAACUUCCUUAUUAUCGGUUUUUACAUUAGGCUACUUCCCAAAGGACUACGUAAGUACUGACGCUAAAGUGUUAUCUUCCUAUACCAUUUUAUUCGUCACACAAGCCUUCGCUUUUACGCCGGGAAGAUCGUCACUUAUUACACAAUCUUGUAACGUUCCAACUGUGUUUGACAAUCGGGUUACAGAUCUCAAAAUUGACGGAAAACCUAUACAGCUAGCAUUAUGGGAUACAGCUGGACAAGAAGAAUAUGAGCGUUUAAGACCUCUUUCCUAUUCUAAGGCACAUGUCAUUCUGAUUGCCUUUUCGGUUGACUUACCAGAUUCAUUAGAAAAUGUUGCUGCCAAGUGGAUUGGUGAGGUCAAUUCUCAUUGUCCAAAUAUUCCUAUAAUUUUGGUUGGAUUAAAAAAGGAUUUAAGAGAGAAUGAAUCCGCAAUAGCGGACAUGCAAAAAAGUGGUAUCGCUUUUGUCAGCCAAAAGGAGGGCGAAAUUAUGGCAAAUCAAAUAGGUGCAAAGAAAUAUCUUGAAUGCUCAGCAUUGACCGGUGAAAACGUGGAUAACGUUUUUGAAGCUGCAUCGAGAGCAGCACUUUCUACGCUUGACGAUGGUCACCGAAGUUGUUGUUUGAUUCUGUGA